UAUCAGGAUCAUAUAAACAUUUUGUCCCCCAAGAGCAAUUAUUUAACAAGGCUUUCGUAUAUGGGAGUUGUGGGCAUUUCCAGGAGUAUAGUUUUAUGACCUUAUAAUUCGUAACCGUAUACUCAGAUGCCUUUUGUCCUGGAGUACCCUUUUUCACCGAGCGACUCUCUUCCUGACCUCUUCCAAUAGAUAAUCCGGUAUUCAUAACGCAGCGCAGAGCCUUACGGUCAGCGGGUUGCAACCUCUUCCUCGCGUCCCUCCGUACGCAUACAAUCAGGAAGCUUGUGUCCACGCUAACCUAUUUACCUAACGUCUUGAUGCCUGACCUCUCCUUCCUGCGUUCCCGUGAGACAAUCCAGCAAGUAAGGGCAGCGCAGGGCUUACGGUCAUUGCCUCACAACGUUUUCCUCGCCUCUCUCCGUAUACAUACACUCGGGAAGCUUGUGUCCACGCUAACCUAUUUACCUAACGUCUAUAUGCCUGACCUCCUCUCCUUCCUCCGUUCCCGUUACAAUCCAGCAACUAAGGGCAGCGCACGGCUUACGAUCAUCGGCUCACAAGUCACGUCCUCUCUUCCUCGCCCCUUCCCGGGUAAGCGUACUCUCGAAUCUAGUAUCUCAGAGCACCUAGCUACCGCCCCUUUCCACCUGCCUGACCACCGCCCUCCCCACGCCCCAAGAAAGUCACCGUGAAGAGUUGCCAAGUGCAGCCGGCGGAGAACUCGCUCAGAAAGGCCACCCCUGCCACCGAGCCAGCACGAGGGGCGGCGAGCGGGAGCAACACGGCAAUCUCGGAGUUCGUCAGUCGGCUGUUGCUCUCGCCGCUGUUGGCACGUGUGUGAGCGUGUGUGUCUGCGCCUUCAUGAGUGCGUGGAUGUGUGAGGUGGCUCCCCCUUGGCGUCUGCAGCACUCCGGGUCUUGGCGCAGAGGUUUUGCGGCAUAGCGAGAACCAGGCGAGGAAAGAGGAGGUGAUUCAAGGCUUCCUCCUCUUCCUCCUCCUCCUCGUCGGCCUCCGUAGGUCCAUCUGCUCCUCCCCCUCCGCUCCUCCCCCUCCUCGCGCCGCCAACCCCAUGGAGAAGAGGCGGCUGCAGCAGGCGUGGUUAUCGCUCCUGGGCAGUAGGGCGCGCCGGUUCCUGCUCGUGUCCCUGCUGUUCAGUGCCCUGCUCGCCGCGCAACUCAUCACCAGCUACAGCAAGUCAGCACCAACCACCACUGUACCAGACGAUGACGAGGCCACGGCAGGAUCUCCGGAGCAGCAAGCCACGUUGAAAGCGGCCUACCCCACCGUGAAGAACCUGAACAUGAAACAGAGACAAGCGGACGCCACACGGGCCCGCCUCCUCGACGCUUUCGCCAACCUCGAGACCCGCGACCUGCAGAAGGCGAUGAAGCUGUACGAGUCCACCUGGAACUCGGCGGCGGUGCAGAAGGCGAGGCUCGAACACGCCGUCAUGUCCCUGAAGAUGACGCUCCUGGAGGAGGUAAGCGCCCAUGGGUACGGGGACCUCAUGGCAGCCGCGCACCACGCCCGCCCUCUGUCCGAUACCCCACGCCCGGGCCCGCUACAGGUGGUGAUAGCGACGACGUGGCGGUCUGGCUCCACCUUCCUCGAGGAGCUGCUAACCUCGCACCCCGCCGUCUACAACCACUACGAGCCGCUCAUGCAGUUCGGCCUCAAGCAGAUCAGAGACGGGGAGGAGGCGAUCAGGGCGCAGAGGCUGAUCCACGACCUCCUAUCCUGCAGGUACCAGGGGCAGGAGGAUUACAUUCGGACGGCGCGUGAGAUCCGAGAGCUCCUGACGCGGAACAAACAGGUCUGGAAGGUGUGCAGCGCCGAUGACUUGGGCGACGCUCUCUGCUUCAACGACACCUUCCUCACGCAGGCCUGCCUACUCUUCCCGUGGAGCGCCAUGAAGCUCGUACGCCUGCGACUGCGACUGCUACGGCCGGUGCUCAUGGAUUCGACCCUCAACGUCCGUGUGAUCUACCUGGUACGUGAUCCGCGCGGCGUCAUCAACUCUCGCACCGAUACCGUCCAGUGGUGCAAGACUUCCGACUGUAUUGACCCGCAUUACCUCUGCCGGGACAUGGAGGAUGAUCUCAAGGCGGCUCGUGACCUGCAGAAGUCGUUCCCAGGGCGGGUUUACAUCCUGAGAUACGAAGACAUGUCCCUCAACCCUGCCAAUAAGACGCGGGAGCUCCUCAACUUCUUGGACUUCGAUUUCGACCCCCACAUGGAGGAGUUCUUAUCGUCGCACACCACCAAGAACUACGACAAGCCUUGGAGCACUUCGCGGGACUCCAAGACGCGGGUGACCUAUUGGACUUCGAAGCUGGGCCACGAUAAGCUACGUGAUGUGCAGACCGCGUGUAGCAGUGUCAUGGCGAAGUUUGGAUACCUCGCCAUCAACUCCACGAGCGGCGUCACUGUUGAUAAGAUUCUUGGACCUUUUAAGAUGCCCUCCUCGUGAGCUGGCGACAGGGAGGCCUUCGUUUGGGUCUUCUGCAGUCAGUAAAGAAUCCAGUACCGUAGAACUAUCGAGGUUAGAGUUGCGGCAAAGUGAAGUCCAUCAUGUUUAUUCUUCGCUUCAUGGUUCGUAGGAUGUUCGAUAAGGAUUCCGCGCGCGUACGAUUCCUAGCACAAGCCUUACGAAAGUGUCCUUGAAACAUCGAGCUCAGAGUACAAUCAGUUCGAAGAGCAUCAUGUUCAUUCUUCGCUUCACGGCCCGUAUAGGGUGUUCGAUAAUGACUGUCCGGCGUACGAUUCCUAGCACAAGUUUUAUGAGUCUGUCCUUGACCAAGUGCAAUAGUAGCAGUGCCCGCGGAGCCAGGAGGUCGCGGGGCGCUGCGAACCGAGGCUGUGAACGAGGGACUAAUUACUUCUUAAGCUUAACUCCAUUCCUCCGAGCUCAAGUACAGCUUCCGGAAGUGUCACGGCCGCGCAGACGGUAAUGAGCAGCUAAUGAUCACGUACUUCGCUGUCUUAGAGGUCAAAUGAGUGUCUUGUGUGACGUUUGAUGGCAGAAGGGAAGGGUUUGUGGGUCUUGGUGCCUUUUGUCUUCCCUUCACGGCCAUACAGACAUUAAUGAUCAUGUAACUCACUGUCUAAAAGGUCAAAUGAGUGUCUUGUGUGACGUUUGAUGGCAGAAAGGAAGGGUUUGUGGGUCUUGGUGCCUUUUCCCUUCAAGACCAUACAGACGGUAAUGACCACGUAACUCACAGUCUAAAAGGUCAAAUGAGUGUCUUGUGUGACGGCCAUUGACUCUGUUUUUCGUUUGAUGGCAGAGAGGAAGGGUUUGUGGGUCUUGGUGACUUUUCUCUUCCCUUCAAGGCCAUACAGACGGUAAUGACCACGGAAUUCACUGUCUAAAAGGUUAAACGAGUGUCUUGUGUGCCGUUCUUUGAUUCAGAGUCUCGUGUGACGCAAGAAGGGAAGGGUUGAUUGUCUGUUUUGGUGCCUCGUCUCUGUCUCCCUCCCACCAACACACCGGUACGAGCUUGUGAACAAUAUAGUGACCCCUCAACACCCAGUUUUCUGUGCGUCUCGAGAGUUUGUUAUGGGUGGAGCACGUAAAAGAAAUAGAGAAAGAAAAUGAGGGAGAGGAGGAGGAGGAAGAGGAAGAGAAAGAUUAGGAGGAAGAGCAAGAAGUAUAAAAGAAGAAGAAAAGGAAAAGAAGAAAGAAGAGAUGAGCAGGAAAAGAAAAGGGAAAGAGGAAGAGAACGAGGAGGAGAAAGAAAGGGAUGAAACAGAGAAAGAGAAGGAAAAAGAAAGGAAGGGAGAAAAAGAGAAAAUGAAAUAGGAGGAGGAGGAAGGGGAUGAGGAAAAAAAGAGGAACAAAAAGACUUAGUGAAAGAGAGAGAAAGAAAAAGAGGAGGAGAAGGAGAAAGAAAAAGAAGAAGCAAAAGAGGAGGAGAAAAAGCAGAAAGUGAAAAAUGCAAAAGUUAACAUCAGGGUUCGAUGGCCUCGCCUCGCUGGCGUCAGGUGCGGCGGGAGAGCUUCACGCAUUCAGUAAACACUCGUGCUUGCCAAAUGCAUCUCCGGGGGGUAGAAUGCACAGCCACGGAGCGACGGUGCAAAGAGGAGACUGAAAAACGAGAUAAAAACCCUUCACGGUGCAUUAAACCUCGCCAGGACAAGGUGGGAGGCGCUUCAAUGCCGUCUGUUGAAAAGGGACGUUACUAGGUAAUCACACGAAGCUCUGUAGGGUUUAGUGAGUGACUUUGUGCCUUACUAUAGCGAACACGAUUAAUUCUUUAGCUUAUCUUGGUUUUUACGCGUUGUGGGUCAUUUAACAAAGCGACACGGAUGAGGGAAGAGACGGGACCGCUUGGUAUGAUAAGAAGUAGCGUUUUAAUGGUCUUACUAUAGUGAAUACGGUUGAUUCCUUCGCUUAUCUUGGUUUUUACGCGUUGAGGGUCAUCUAGUAGAGCGACACGGAUGAGGGAAGGGAUGGGAACGCUUGGUAUGAGGAUGAAAAGCGUCGUGAUGGACACAGGAAAUGUUCAACGUAAAAAUAGAUUCCUCCGUGCGCGCCCCUUCCUUCCUCGCCUUCCCUCCUUCCCUCCCCUUCCUUCCCUCGCCUUCCCUCCUUCCCUCCCCUUCCUUCCCUCGCCUUCCCUCCUUCCCUCCCCUUCCUUCCUCGCCUUCCCUCCUUCCCUCCCCUUCCUUCCCUCGCCUUCCCUCCUUCC